ACUCAAUUUAAUUAUACUAAUUUAAUAUUUUUAAUACUUCAACAAACAAUAAUGAUGUACAUAAAUAUUAUGCGGAAAAUCAUUACUGCGAAAAUACUGAUAUUUAUUUUAACGGUAAUGAGUGUUUCACAGUAAAAUAUCGAGCCGCGUGCAAUUAGAGACGUAUUUAAACCCAGCGAAAAGUUAAAUCAUAUUCCUGAAAAGCUUAAUUUUAAAAAGGUCUAGCACUUUAAUCCCGCUCAAAGCGGAUUUCUAAUCUCGAAGUAACUUUUUACUUCUCCUAAAAAAGAGAAACAUGUGUUUGACGAAAUUUCAUUUUAUCAAAUCUACACUCGCCCGCGAUACUUUCGAAUAUUGCACCAUUAUGUUCUGAUUUGAAUCAAGACAGCCGCGUGAAACGGAGCAUACAUUUUGUUCAUUCCGGGUUGAAAGAAGCUUAUUCGCCAGUAUAGCAGGAUUAACGACUAGGCGCGAUUAAAAGUUUUCUGCUGAAUACAGUUCGCAAUACAGUUUGCACUUCUUAUUGCCAGUGUGCAGCAACCGAUUUAAUGCGCCGUUCAUUAUUAGGAUGCGCAACUGGUGAUCGUUUUAAACUUCUGUUGUAGAGCCACUCCGAUUGCGCAACUAUUGCUGUCACCGAAAUAACGCGCUACGUCUCUUAUAGACAGAUCUAUCGGUCGCGCGGUAUGUAUAUAUAAUAUAUUGCAGUGAAAGAGAGGAAUCAGUAUAAAACAUCCGUCAAUAAAUAAAACGUGUGUAGUGCUACGUGGAUGAACCGUUAAAUAAAUAUCGAAUGAAAUAAAAAUGUUGGCAAAGGUAUUUUGUUGAAAAAAAAAAAUAAUAUAUAUAUAUAGUUCUCUCGUUUAUGAAAAAUUUAUUUGUCGCGAAAAAAACUUUUGUAACGUCAUCUUAGUCGCGCCACUUUAUGUGUCACGCCUACAUUUUCAAAAUUAACUCGAUCACACUAUUUGCGUCAUCUAUAUUUCAUCGCAUUCAUGUUUUCAAAUUUCAUGAUAUCACGUUAUAUGUGGCGUUGUAUUGUAUCAUCGCAUCGGCAGUUUGAAAUUUAAUCAAGAAAAAAAUGUGUUCUUUCCGAAGCUUUUGCCAUGGUUUUUACGUGGAUUUUCGAACCGACUGAUUGAUCAAUCAGUAAUUUAUUGACCGCUUGCACCGAUCGAUCCCCAACGGGUAUAAUCGUCCACCGGAAACGCAAGCGGACCUGCCGAUCGUCGUUGUCGGGCGCGAGUAGUCGCGGAAGGAAUUGGUCGGACGUGGUACAAAAACUACGCGAAAACGAAAUCUCGGCGGGAAGACAUGAGCGGGGUCGGCUUCCUGGCGGCCGUGAAAACGUUCACGCCGGGCGGUCGUCGACGGCGGCGCUGCGAGAAGCAGCAGAAAGUCCUGGAGCUUCCGUCGGGCUACGGGAUGCAACCGGAUGUCGUGCCCCCUUGGGACGCGGCACCUCCCAUCACGCCGCCCGCCGCAUUUUUGCCGCCGGGCUACAAAAAGGGCUUUCCAGCAAAUGAAAUGCGCGGACGAAAGUGCGCAGCGAUAGCACAUGUUUCGGCUUGUCGUAACGGCAAACUUCUAAUGUGCGCUCGUUUUCCUUUCGUUUCCACAACUGUGAUCAGUAAAAUGAGUGGUGAAGAGAAACAAGCCGAACAAGAUGCUGUUUCCGAGCGGCUGAGACGUUGGGGUUUGAGUAAUCAAGUUGUGCAAGCAUUCAAAGGUAAGUCAUAAUGUUUUCAUUUCAUGUUAUUAGUAACCUUACUUUUUCAUUUCUUUGUCUCACUGUUUGUUGCAUCAUUCUCUAGUUGAAUUCUGUACGAUCCGAAGAAUUACUUAAUCCUAUUUUCAUGUUUUUGACACAUAACCUAUUUUACUUUAA